AUGAAGAAUCGCGCUAUUCUUGCACCAUUGAACGACGAUAAGGACAAGAUCAACGAGCAGAUUAUCGCUAUGCUUCCAGGCGAAGAGAAGACAUACACAAGUUUCGACUCGGUAAAGGAUCAACAUGAAGGGGGAGUUCAAUUCGCGCCUGAAUUCCUGAACUCGAUCAACAUCGCCGACUUGCCUCCACACAAUCUGAAGCUCAAGAAGAACGCCAUCAUCAUGCUUCUCCGAAACUUGGACGUCUCUGAAGGAAUGUGCAACGGAACACGAUUGAUUGUCACCGAACUUUGCAACAACAUCAUCAAGGCUAAGAUCAUCACCGGUGAACACGCAGGCCGACAAGUACACCUUCCAAGGAUCACGCUCGACUCCAGCAAAUCACAGCUUGGCGCAACUAUGCAACGGCACCAAUUCCCAGUUACUCCAGCAUUCGUCAUUACGAUACACAAGUCACAAGGCCAAACAUUUGAAUUCGUCGGCAUGCUUCUCCUCACGACGGUCUUCGUGCACGGAAUGCUCUACGUCGCGUUUUCAAGAGUCAAGCGUCAAAGUGCGUUGAAGGUCCUGCUGCCUCCUGAGAAUCCAACCCACACCCGAAACGCCGUAUGGAAGGAAGUCCUGAACAAGAGAAACUCACCAGCCGCACCUGCCUCUCCGACAAAAAACUACCUGGACAACAUGGAAGACUUCGCAAUCGAUUAUUAA